CCUUGGAGGGAGCCACAAUGGUUCCUAGAGAAAUCUAAAGUUAGCUUGCGGGACUCUUCACCGAAACACCUUAUGACAGCUGUCACAGCUUUCCAGGCCACAUUUUACAAAAUGAGCUACCAUAACAUACUAGCUAACAUAACUACUACAGCCAGCGAUCCAAAUACGUGGCAGAACGUGCAAAACUAGGAAGAGUAACGCUGGAAUAAAGCAGGAGGAACCAUGAAGCGAGACGUCAGAAUACUGCUGUUGGGAGAGCCCAAGGUGGGGAAAACAUCGCUCAUUAUGUCACUGGUAGGAGAGGAGUUUCCUGGAGAGAAAAUAUUGAGUUUCACACUGAGGACAUUGCAGCGGUGAGUGGCGAGUGCAGGCAGACUCUUCUUUCAAAACUUCCGGAUGGUCUGCCCCUUCCUCACCACCCACUGAACUCAGCUUUUGGUCCAAGCGUUGGUUCUGUCCCGACUGGACUACAGCAACACUCUUCUGCCCGGCCCUCCUCCCUCCCUGAUUCUACCUUUUGCUGAGUUGUACUUGCAGUGUUUUGUUACCGUGUUGCCUAUUUUCUCCAACAGGUUUAACUAGUUUACAGUAAAAUUUAGUUUUUUCCUCUGUUGCUUUUGAGAAUUUACCUCCCACCAGUAGAGUUACUGUUGCUCUCUUAACACCAAUGUAUGUACUUUUUUAUUAUAAGUCACUCUGGAUAUGAGUAUCUGUAAAAUGGCUGUAAUGUACUGUAAUUAUAUGAGACGCCACAGAGGGGUAUGUCACAAAAUAGGAUUUCACACUAUAUAUCUAUCAGGAUAAUGUGUGAACACUCAUGUAUUAACUACCAGUGCUGAAAUGUAAUUCAUUAAAAAUCACCUAACAAUGCAGAAAAAACCCUCCAUUAAUCUUGAGGAGUUUAAACGUUAAGUCUAUGAUUUAUAUGCAUAUUGAUGUGAAAAUUAUAUAUAGAAGCCUCUUAAAAAUUCAGCUUGUUUCCUGCACAAAGGGCAUCGGCAUUGCUUUGGCAUGUUAGUCUGAAAACUCCCCUUCUUUCCCUCAGGUACCCUUGCGUGCAGAAGAGAUCACCAUCCCUGCUGAUGUCACCCCUGAAAAGGUGCCGACGCACAUCGUCGACUACUCAGAUUUUAUGCUCUGGAUAGUUUGCUGAUCUGAUGUUAUGUGUCACUUCUCACAGGAUUUUUUCCUGCAGAAGCACAUGAGUUUCACAAGGGUUCUCAGCAAGUGAGCAGGCAGAAGAGGAGUUGCGAGAGGAGAUCUCCAGGGCUAACGUGGUGUGCGUGGUGUAUGACGUCACUCAGGAGGACACCAUUGAGAAGAUCCAAACAAAAUGGAUCCCUAUUGUGAACGGAGGCGUGGAGAAAGGAGACAAGUACGCUGCCCAUCAUUCUGGUGGGGAACAAGUCAGACCUGCGUUCUGGGGGCGCCAUGGAGUCCAUCCUGCCCAUCAUGAACCAGUUCUCUGAGAUCGAGACCUGUGUGGAGUGUUCUGCCAAGAACCUGAAAAACAUCUCGGAGAUGUUCUACUACGCUCAGAAGGCUGUUCUGCAUCCCACUGCUCCACUGUACGACCCUGAAGGCAAACAGCUAAGACCCAUGUGUGUUCAAGCCCUGAGUCGAAUCUUCACCAUCUGUGACCAAGAUAAUGACGGGAUACUCAGUGACCUCGAACUGAACCGCUUCCAGAGGUUUUGUUUUGGGAGCCCCCUGGCGCCCCAGGCCCUGGAGGACGUGAAGGCGGUGGUGUGGAAGAACGCCAGCGGUGGAGUGCGGGGACACGGACUGACACUGUCCGGCUUCCUCUUCCUCAACAUGCUGUUCAUCCAGAGGGGCCGGCACGAGACCACCUGGACCAUCCUGAGGAAGUUCGGCUACAGCGACACGCUGGAGCUAACGGACGACUUCCUCCACCCCAAGCUGCAGGUUCCUGUUGGCUGCACCACGGAGCUCAACCACCUCGGCCAUCAGUUCCUCCAGAGACUUUUUGAGAAAUUCGAUGAGGACAGGGACUCGGCUCUCUCUCCCGCUGAGCUGAAGAAGCUGUUUGGUGCGUUGCCUCGCAUGCCCUGGGGCGAGGAUGUGUACAUGGCAGUUCCCACCAACCAAAACGGCUUCAUCACGUUGCACGGGUUCCUGUGCCAGUGGACGUUGAUGGCGUACCUGGAUGUCCAGCGUUGCCUGGAGUACCUGGGUUACCUUGGAUACCCUUUCCUCUCUCAUCAGGAGUCCCAAACCACAGCAGUGACAGUGACGAGAAAAAAGUCCAUUGACCUGGAGAAAGGGCAGACCCAGCGUACGGUUUUCCUCUGCAAGGUGAUCGGUGCUCACGGCACAGGGAAGACCAGCUUCCUACAGGCCUUCCUGGGCUGCAGUCGAUCAAAACAGAAGAACGACACCGGUGCCUUUUCCCACUACACAAUAAACACAGUCCAGGUCAACAACCAGGAAAAGUGCCUUAUUCUGUGUGAGGUAGAUGUGGACAGAGCGUUGAAGGCCUCAGACGCAUCCUGUGAUGUAGCCUGCCUCAUGUACGACGUCUCCAACCCCAGCUCCUUCAGCUACUGUGCCAGCGUCUACGAGAGGUACUACAGGGACAGCAGCAUCCCCUGUGUGCUGGUGGCCUCUAAGGCCGACCAUCCCGAGCAGAAGCAGCACCACGGCCUCUCGCCCGCAGAGUUCUGCUCCAAGCACCGGCUCCCACCGCCCCUCCCCUUCUCCUGCCCCGGCCAGGACGCUCCCAGCACCACCGUGUACUCCAAUCUGGCCCAGGCGGCCAUGUUCCCACAUCUGAGUGGCUCAGACGUGAGCUCCAUUUCUCCCUGGUUGAAAGUAUCGCUGGGUACAGCUGUGCUGUCGUUCCUGGGCUUCUCGCUGUACAGAGCGCUCACCAGACAGAAAUAAACCCCCAGAACUCACGCUUCUCCGACGUCCCGGCCCUCCAGGACCCCUUCAGACUGCGACCAAUCACCAUCACAGCCCAGACUACGCCCAGGAUGGACCCGUGCAGAUAAGCAUGGCACUGCAGGUCAAUAGGGACCUCAGCGUUUCAGAGCCCCAUCAGAAAUGGUCCUUUUUAAAGCAAACUUUGUGAAAACAAAAAAUAGGAGACUAUCUUUCUUGCACCUACAUUUGCCUUACAUUAUAAAGCCUGUCCAACCCUUAAUUAACGGGUCUCGUGCAAUACAUUACUGGCGUUGAUGCUAUCUUAGGAGAAUGCCUUGCUACAUUGAGAAUGUUCAAAACCUUUCAAAGUCGUUCAAAGUCUACUGAAGCUAUACCCGCUUAUUCACAUACAAACAGGCAGCUUAUUUCCAUGAGGUAAAAAGGAAUUUUACUUUGAACAAAUGACUGGAACAAAACAAUAGACUUCAGAGCUGCAAUAAGUAGUGAAGGUAGUGAAGGGAGAGGGAGGUUUCAGAAAGCCAUAAGGAAUGGACCUACAAAGAGCUUUCAAUCUCUGACUUGUUUUAACCUGUGAAAAUAAAUUGCUUUAUAUAUCAUCACAUAAUCUUUGGCCAUGUCUCAAAUUGCAGACUUGUGGACUAGUCUGUAAAUAUAAAUAAAUAAAUAAAUACAAAAAAAUAUAUAUAGGGUGUGAAUCAAGUGUAUAUGUGUAAAUCAAGCAAGUAAAUCAAGCGUGGAAGUUAACGAUCGUGUGAUCAAGCACGUCCCAUGCUCAAGGAUAAAACUGGCAAUACAAAUUCACCAGAGGUUCUCUAGUUAUACUUGGGAGGACUGAAAAUUAAAGUCAGCAUUUUUCCAUUUUUACUUUAAAUAAAACUAUACUAACAUUUGUUAUCCACAAAUGUGUAUCACAAACAUCAGUCAUGACAUUUCAAAUAAAUAGAUUUUUUUAUGUUCUUACAUUCUAAGCAGUUGAUUGUUAGCGUACUUGUAAGUUAAACUUAUAAGAACACAAGUGCACAAGUGUGCAAUUUGAGACACAGCCACUGAGGAAGAAAAGAUUGUGAAAAUGACCCACAGCUAGGCUUGCAGCAUACAUGGCAUGGAUACGGAUUAGCCACAUUGUGCACCACCAGCCAUGGUUGCCAUGGAAGAACUGACCAACCAGCAGGUUCCUAUUUUCCCUGCCCAGUAGAUUUCAUCAAAGGGAAAGUAUGACGGUCCUGUGAGUUCAUCUCAGUCUAAUUCCCAGUGAAGAACUCUUUCUGCUCUCAUUCUUGUAGUGCCUAUGACAGAAAAUGGUACAUUUUCGAUUUGCAAAAAAAGACUUGUCCUACUUAAACAGUCCGAAGAGUUCAGAAUUCUGAUUAAGUUCCACAUUACCUGUCCGUGAUCUAAUGGGAAUGAAAAUACAUUCCUAUAUGCUUUUGUAAAAGUGUGUGAAAGAUUACCUUUUUAAAAUUUUUAAAUCUUUAAAAUAGAUUUAUUUUAUGUCCUUUCCAUUGGCCAGACAGACCAUCCUGAAACCAUUUGUCUCUUUUUGUUUCUUUAUUAUUCUGUUGGGUCUCUACUAAAAUCUAGGUGUCAAGAAAAAUGUGUGUUUUACAAAACCUUGAAACCUUGUGCGAAUCUGUAACUCUCCUGUUCGGUCAAAUAACAAAAUGGUGUAAAUGGCACACUGUCUGAUAUCUGAUGUCAAAUAAUCAUAUAUUUUCCUGUAAAACAUAUUCCCAUUGAGUGUUUUCCUCUGGUUGCAUUUUAAAUACAAUGCAUUUUUGUAGUCCUUUGCUGAAAGUAGACAAAUGGUCACUGAAGCAGAACCAUUAAUGGAAACUUGCAUUGUAUUAUGUUAAUCGCAAGGAAAAAUUAUUUCAAGAAUGGAAGAAAUUUGUCAACAGCCUUAAUUGAUCAAGAGAUGGGCUGUGCCAGAGCUCUGCUUCAGAGGGUCCCUGCGUCAAAAUUGCUAAAUAAAUAAAUAAAAUCCGCACAAUA